GAACUUUAUCGCACUGCCGCUCUGCAUGGAGGCAAUGCCAUCAUAGAGAGUAUUCGCACGGUAGAAGGAAAAUCUCCAGUUGUAGCUGGUCACCCAGAUGCCACAGGAGACAAUUUCAUUUAUCACAUAGGUCUAUUCGGCGGCUACUCCUCACCUACUUCCAAUCAGCUUUCUAAGCAGAUACCUGUGCUGAUGAAGGAUGGAAAAAAGGCUGAGGCCGAAGUGCUCAAGUCUGAAUCCGCCAGUCUUAAGUCUGCAACUCAGGCCUAUGCAGAUGAAAUGCGAGCGCUUGAAAAACUGAUAGUUGAUAUUCAUGUACAGAUACCUAAUAUACCUCAUGGU